AUAUAUUGUCAGUGUAUAUAAAUUACAAUUCUAUAUAUAGACAUAUCAACACAUACAUAUAUAUACUCGAUCCUUCACAUAAUCACGUCUAGCCAAUGAUCAAAAGCAAAUUCAAAAUUUGAAUUUUAUGAGUUCUGGUGAUCCCUUAUUUGCUAUCGAACCUACAAUCCAUUUAUGCAAGUUACUGAGUUCAACACAUACACAAAGUCUGAACCAAAGUUACAGAAAUCAACUCAAUACCAACUAUCACUAAUACACAUAUGAUCAAGUACAUUACGUUGUCAGGAUAUAUAAGUUAAAUUUUAUAUACAUGACUGACGCUUCACAUGCUACGAAGUCAAGAACAAAUACCAAACAUCCUAUAUACCGUGGUAUACGAUGUAGAAGUGGGAAAUGGGUGUGUGAAAUUAGAGAGCCACGUAAGACAACAAGAAUAUGGUUAGGUACUUACCCUACACCACAAAUGGCUGCUGCUGCCUAUGAUGUUGCUGUCUUAGCUCUUAAGGGAACUCAAAAUGUUGUACUCAAUUUUCCUCAUCUUGUUGAUUCAUAUCCAAAGCUCCCUCCCUCACCAUCUCCGGCCGAUAUACAACGUGCCGCGGCCACCGCGGCUGAGGCAAUGGCCUCGCUAGGCGACGAUGAUGAUCGGUCGUUGGAAAGUAGGGAUGGAGCUAUAUGUAACGAAAGGGGUUCAACUGAAUUUCCUUCAUCGUCAGGAAAUUAUGAUAUGCAAAUAGGGAAUACACAAACGACGGCGGGUGAGGAGGAAUACGUUGAUGAGGAAGCAUUGUUUGAAUUUCCAAGUUUGCUUGUGAAUAUGGCUGAAGCAAUGAUGCUAAGUCCCCCAAGAAUAAACUCGUUUCCAUCGGAAGAUUAUUCAUCAGGAGACUUUGAUGCUGAAAGUCUUUGGAGCUAUUAACGACUAACGAACAGAGACGAAUUUAAAAUUUAGAGUUAGUGAAUAAUAAUUUCGUUUGUAGGCACAAGUUAGUAAUAUAUAUGUAUAAUAAUUC